GAAACAAGGGGAGAUAAUUGUAUCUUGGUUUUGACUAUACGUUUUGCUUUCUGGUCAAAUUUCCAUUUUCCCGUCUUCUCUCUCAAUCCAAACCCUUAUCAAAACCCUAGAAGUCACGGAAAAAGCUCCAAGCUGCAACAAUGGAGUCUGCUCUCUCAACUAGAUUACAAUCAUCGUUCCAUCACCGAAAAAAUCCAUUUUUUAAUCCAUCCAGUUUAAACCUUAUCAACUCAAACCCCUCUUUUCCCCUAUCAAAACAAUUUAGACAAUCCGCAGUUAAAAUCAAGGCCUCCGCCGCCGCUUCCGAUGCCACUAAACCCACAAAUAACCCCUUCAUACAAAGCCUCAAGCUCGCCGCUCGCGCCAUCGUAUUCUCCGCCACUGCCGCUGUCGUUAUCUCUAAAUUUCAACAAUACCCCGCCAUGGCCGAACCCAGUACCCAGAGUGUCGUAACAACAGAACCCGCAACACCUGAAGAAAGUCAAGAAAACCUUUUACCGGAGUUUCUGGAGUCGAACUCCGAAGCGAUUUCCGCCAUGAAAACUUUACUCGAACAGAAAUUAGAAGCAGGGGAGGAUGAAGAGAGCUUAAAAAUCUUGAAAAAGCUCGUUUCUGCCCAACCCGAAAACAUCGACUGGAAAUUCCUGAUGGCGAGAUUGUUGAAUGAAAUGGGCGAGGUGGAACCUGCUCGAGCUGCAUUGGAAGAAAUUUUGACCCAAAAUCCACUUUCUUUCGAAGCAUUAUUUGAGAACGCAUUAUUGAUGGACAGUUGUGGAGAGGGUGAUGCAGUGAUCAAGAGAUUAGAAAAAGCUUUGGAGAUUGCAGAGGAGGAAAAUAAGGAGAAAGAAGCAAGAGAUGUACGCUUGAUCAUAGCUCAAGUUCAGUUUUUGCAGAAAAACAUUGAGGAAGCAUUGAGGAGCUAUGAUGAGCUUCUUAGUGAAGACCCAAAUGAUUUUCGACCAUACUUUUGUAAAGGAAUGAUAUAUAGUUUGAUGGACAAGAACGAUGAAGCUAAAGUUCAGUUUGCCAAGUAUCGUGAGCUUUCACCCAAGAAAUUUGAGGUGGAAGGAUACAUUCGAUCACCAUUGUCAAGAAUGAAGCUUUUUGGGACUGAUGACCAGAAUUGAUUCAUGGGUAUUUUCCAAGAGUUUGAAACAGAGAGACGAUAUGCUUUGAUCCUAACCAAUUUAGCAGGCGGUAUGUUAUUGAUUUACUGCAAAAUAAACAUGAUAAUACGGUUUUUGAUGGUUUCAGUAUGAACUUUAUGGUGCCCUUUUAUGGUUGAUGUAUAAGUUGUUUCAAUUUGAUUUUUUAUGGUUGAUGUAUAAGUUGUUUCAAUUUGAUUGUUUCAAGUAUCUGUUCGAAUAAGAAACAACUAAUGUUUACAAUA